GCGCGUGCCGCGGAAUGCGACACCCUCGCGAAGUACUGGGUCUCGGCGCCGUACGAAGCCGAGCGCAUCGGCAAGGACGGCGAAACCACGACGCUCGCUAACCUCUCGGCCACGCUCACCAUUACGUCGCAAAGCGGCUGCGCCUUCGAAGGUAUCAAUAGCUGGACGAACGGCCAAAUUGGGGGCAAGGAGACCGUCGCCGGCAUUAUCGAUUCGGAAACUGAGAUCACGAUGCUGGAGCUGGGCGAGCCCCCCGCGGGCGGCUCGACGGCCCGCAUCGACGCCACGCUCGAGACCAACGGCCUCAUGCGCUGGCGCUACACGGGCCAAGGCGCCGCGGCGGACGACCGGUGGGUGACCGUGUUCGACGCCGACUUCGCGCCCGACGCCGCGCCUGCGGUCGCGGAGAAGGACUGCCUCGACAUCAGCGGCACCUGGAAGAGCAACGCCACGUACUACUAUCGGCUCUACGAGGACGGGACGCGCGAGAAGGUCGGGCCGCUCUACAACACGCUCACGCUGACGAUGGCGAGCGAUUGCCUCGUGAGUGGGACAAACACCUGGGACAACGGCGUCGCCAACGGGACGGAGGUCGUGGCGGGCGUCGUCCACGCCAACACGAGCAGGGACGGUCCGUACUACACGAGCGCCGCGACGCUCGUAGAGAUGGGUGGUAUGUACGUCGACGGGCGCAUGGAGGUCAAUUUCGAUUGCGCGCUCGACUGCGACACGAUGCAGCUGCACUUCAUCGGCCAGGGCAAAGAAGGCUACGGGGUCCUCUUCGACUCGUACCUCGGCAAAGGCGAAGGGCCGACCGUGGCACCACCAGACUGCGAGUGGGUCAAUAAUCUCGUGGGUACGUACACCGCGUCGGGCUUCGACAUCUUCCGCGUGCCAGGUCCACCUCUUACGGACGUGUCCAUGACCAUGGAGAUCCUCGGCCGCGACGGCUGUACGUUCUGGGGCCACGCCGGCAAUAUCGGUGACGGGAUACCCGGGACACCGCUCCUCGGCUUGAUUCCCUGGUAUGAAUUGGACUUUGACUUGACUGCAGAUGGAGGUAUGAAUCGGUCGACCGCGAUCGUGUUGGCAACGGCGUCGAUUCUGCAGAUCGGCCACGUCUGCGUCAACACGUCGGCGAUUGACGCAGACUGCGACGUGUGCGGGGAAGUCUGCCUCAACACGUCGGCGGUCGUCGACGCGCAAUUUACUCUCUCGCGCUUUACGGACGAAGGGACGGUCAAGUGGCACUACGUAGGCACGGCGGACGACGGCCAAAACGCCGAGGUCUUCGACGCAGUCUUCGCGAAGAACAGCGACGCCACGGCGGCGCCGACUACUACGCCCGGGUCCGACGGCGCCGCGGGCCGCUCCGUCGGGUUCCUCGUCGCGCUCGCGGCGGCGGCGGCGGCGCUCUGA